AUACCGCCUUCUGACAGCGAUCAGAACGCUACGACGCUCAUACGAGGAACACUGUCAGAAUACCGGCAAUGAGUGACAGCUACAGCUUCGUCUCUCCGACGCAUGAGCAGAUGGAAAUCAUCAGACAGCAACUGGGGACAGACGAAGAAGACAUCAAGAGGACCAUCGCGUCUCUGAGAGCCUGGCUCAAGACGCAACCGCAUCUGCCCGAGGAGAUAGACGAUGCCCAAAUCGAAAGGAUGUACAUUCAGUGCAAGUGCAGCACAGAGAGGGUUAAGAAAGGACUCGACGCCUACUUCUCGUUGAGGACCAGGUAUCCAGAGAUGAUGAACCGAGACCCUACGGGACAAGAUGUGGUGCGCACCAUGGAACACAUGAAGGUGGUGUUGAUGCCUCGCCUCACCAAGGAGCUGUACCGUGUGCACGUCUACUCACACAUCGACCCAGACCCUCAGUGGGUCCUGUGGAUAGAUUACGCAAAAGUCGCCUCCAUAUGCUUCGAUAUGAUGUUAUUUGAUGACUACUCGCUCGGAGACGUUCUCAUCAUUGACUUGAAGAACGUGACUAUCGCACACCUGCUCCGCACCGAUAUCAAUGUCAUACGAGCUAUGGAAUUCGCCCAUAAGACUGCUUUCUGCCGGGGACUGAAAGGAAUCCAUUUGUUGAACGCUGAUAAAGUGACUGAUUUCGCAAUGAAAAUCGUGAAGUUAGGGCUUUCCGAGAAGUUGCAGCAGAGGGUACACGUCCAUCUGCCAGGAUCAACGACGCUGUUUGACCACGUGUCUAAAGAGUACCUGCCCGAUGAACUAGGAGGCACUGCAGGUCCUACCGACAAACUUGCCUAUGACUUCAUCAGGAGGGCGGAGAAGAAGCGAGGCUGGUUCUUGGAGCAGGACCGCUACACCUCGGACGAGAGCAAGAGGCCUCCAGACAACCACUACGCCGACGACUUGUUCGGAGUGUCGGGCUCCUUCAAGAAACUCUCAGUUGACUGACGCCGUUACAGUUAAUUUAGUAGACUCUGUUUCUUGGUGACAGAAAAUUGUGAUGUACAAGGAGAAACCGAUCCCCAUCAGCAAAAUUUCAGAGUUUGUUUUUUAUAUUUUCCGAAUAAUUUACUGUAAUGAACUCAUGAUCUCCCUUGAUUCGUUUAAUUGUAUUUCCUUUGAUGCUUUCUAGCUGUUUUGGUCUUUAGUUUGAAGGCUGGUUUGAUACAGCUCUCCACACUACUGUAUAUUGUGUAAACCUCUCCACCUUUCCAUACUUACAGCAACCUAUGUCCAUUUCAACACUUCCUUCAAUUAUAAAAUCGACGAUCCCUGGAUACCUCGGACUGUGUCAUUUCAACAGAGCUCUUAUUUUACUUUAAUUCUGCUGUUCGUUAAUUAUCCGUCCUACUCACCAAAUCUACAGCGUUCUUCUGUAACACCACGCUGCUGACACUUCUUUUCUCUUCUUGACCGAACAUUUAAACCUUCACAUUUGAAAUGCGUACAAGGCUAUACUCCAGACAAAUUCGUUCAGAAAAGACACCCUAGAAGGAGGAGGAGGACAUUAGGGUUUAACAUCCCGUCGACAACGAGGUCAUUAGAGACGGAGCGCAAGCUCGGGUGAGGGAAGGAUGGGGAAGGAAAUCGGCCGUGCCCUUUCAAAGGAAUCAUCCCGGCAUUUGCUUGAAGCGAUUUAGGGAAAUCACGGAAAACCUAAAUCAGGAUGGCCGGAGGCGGGAUGGAACCGUCGUCCUCCCGAAUGCGAGUCCAGUGUGCUAACCACUGCGCCAUCUCGCUCGGUGAAAAGAGACAUCCUAAAGUGUAACUUUAUAUUCAGUGUUAACAAAUUUAUCUUUUUCGUAAAUGCUUUAACUGAAACUGUCAGUCGGAAUUUUAUAUUCUCAGUACUUCGACCAUCGACAGCUAGUUUACCGC